AUGGAUAUAACAGAUCGCCCCGACGUUCCAGAUCGAAUACAUGUUUCAUUGCCAGGUCGUUCUAGACGAUCUGGUGAGGACGCACCUGAAAGCGUUUGGCGUACUUUUAGCUUCCGCACCCUUUGGGCCUUUACCGGACCUGGGUUUCUGAUGAGCAUAGCUUACUUAGACCCUGGUAAUAUUGAGUCGGACUUGCAAAGUGGAGCUGUUGCAAACUAUCGCCUUCUGUGGCUUCUUUUUCUGGCGACUUUGAUGGGUCUUUUUAUGCAACGGUUGGCGGCUCGCCUGGGAGUUGUAACAGGCAAACAUCUUGCUGAAAUUUGCUACGAGGAGUACCCCAGACCCGUCAGAAUCAUUCUCUGGAUUAUGGUCGAAAUUGCCAUAAUUGGGUCGGACAUGCAGGAAGUCAUCGGCACAGCGAUCGCUAUUAAUCUUCUUAGUAUGGGCAAAAUCCCGUUAUGGGGUGGUGUUCUGAUUACCAUCGGAGACACCCUAACCUUUCUUCUCAUCGACAAUUAUGGCCUUCGCAAAUUGGAAUUAUUUUUUGGCUUCCUCAUUUCUGUCAUGGCCGUAACGUUUGGAUACGAGUAUGUUGUGGUUGCACCGGACCAAUUGAAAGUCCUCCGCGGAUUCUUUGUGCCUUCUUGUCCCAAUUGUGGGUGGCCAGAACUUGAGCAGGCCGUUGGCAUAAUUGGAGCCAUAAUUAUGCCGCAUAAUUUCUACCUCCAUUCUGCAUUGGUGAAGUCGCGUGAGAUCAACCGCAAAGACAAGAGAUCAAUAGCGAUCGCCAAUUUCUACUUCUUUUUGGAGGCUUGCGCCGCGCUGGGUGUUUCUCUCAUUAUCAACGUGUUCGUGGUUUCCGUGUUCAGUGAGGGAUUUUAUGGGAAAAACGUUACCGAAGUCAUCAGGAAUUGUUCUACAAGACAAGCCAUUCCUGAGGCAUUCCUUGAAACCGCAAGAAAAUUUGACCCAACGCAGGUUGACCUCUAUGUGGGGCAUUCUGUUUUGGGUCCAAAUUUUGACCCUAAAGUACUAUGUGACGACUUUUCGAGUGUGAUUUCAUACUGCUUUGUUUGGAUGCGAGGUGGCAUGGUAGUUGUUUCCCCUUGCUCGAUUCAGGGUGUUUUUCUCGGUUGUGAAUUCGGCGUUGCUGCCCUCUACGUCUGGGCGGUUGGUCUUCUGGCCGCUGGCCAGUCAUCCACGAUGACAGGCACCUACGCCGGUCAGUAUGCCAUGGAGGGCUUUCUGAAUCUCCGCUGGAAGCAGUGGCAGCGCCUUCUCGUCACCCGAUCCAUUGCCAUCCUGCCAACAUUGCUUGUUACGUUUUUCGAAGGCAUCGAGAACCUCACAGAAAUGAAUGAUCUGCUUAAUGUUUUGAUGAGUGUUCAACUUCCUUUCGCCGUUAUUCCUCUGCUCACUUUUACAAAUUCAAAGCCAAUCAUGGGGAUGUUUGCCAAUUCUAUACCUUCAAAAGUGAUAUCGAUGGUGAUCUCACUGAUGGUCAUCGGUGUCAAUUUCUUCUUUGUUGCGAUCUUCUUCAAGGCGCGAUUGGUUAAUCAUCUCGUCGCCCACAUCAGCGUGGCCAUCAUCUUCACGCUCUACGUCUCCUUCAUAUUCUACUUGGUGAGUACCCACUCAGCAUGCUCAAUCUCACAGCAACCGCUUUGGUAA